UUGUGCGGUCAUGUCAAUGCUGUCUCAUCAAUGAUCAGUAAGUCAUUUAAACGGUAUUUGACUAAGAGUUAAUCAACCAUGCUAAUCUCAAAUUAGUUAAGUUAAUUAUAUGAAUCCUCUGUGUUCUUCCAACCCUAUUUACAUCUAUUUUAUUUGUGAAAAAAGUAAUACAUUAAGAAUUUGAAAUAUGUCCAGGUAGUGUUAAUUGGGAGGCAGAAAUUAAAUAUCAAAGAAGUUAAGAUGGUUAUGGAACCCUUUUAAACUGAUGAAGCUACUAAUCACCCAGUAUUGAGAGCUCAGAGCAGGGCAUAUAGGCUAAGCUUGACUUGGUAGGAGAAUAGGACAGGUGGAUUCUUAAUCAUAUACACUACUCAAUUGGUGUAACAACUUAACAACCAAAAGGGAUGAAAAUCACCAUGUCAUUAUCAAAAGUAUCUGACUUUUGCUUACACAUGGGAAAGUAUUUUAUCCAUAUAAUAUAUGUCCAAUUGAGUGAAGUACUAGUUGUCCUGAAUUCUUUACUAACAUCAUAGUGACUGGUUCCUAAAACAUGGCCAGCUAACUAGUUUAAAAGUCUUUUUGGAGCACCCCCAACAACAUAAAUCCUUAUUCAGUGUCUCUUGCAAUUUCUUCAACAAAUGAGUGGGAGAACCUUGUUCUUGAUAUUGUUCUUCUGGGCUGUCCUCACCAUUGUGACCCCGAUCCUUGUCCGAUUGUCUGCUUCUGCCAAGGCCAAUGGCGAAUUUUUCGUCAUCACACACACAAGCGAGCUAAUAAAGGAGAGACUGAUUUUGGGGUUGGUGGCAAGAAAGGCGCUUGUUGUAGCAGCACCACGAAAGAAAGACUCAACUGCAACGUUAACACCAGAAAUCGCGAAGAAAGACUCAACUGCAACGUUAACACCAGAAAUCGCGAUUUCUCCGCCAUCACUGAAAAAUAGUACUCCUGCCUUGAAAUCGCGAUUUUGAAUUAGAAAGCUUUUGAAAAGAUGAAGUUAAAGAUUGUGAAGACAUUAUUCUUGACGUGUGCAUGGGAUCAGGAAGUGUGGAGACUCCAUUUCCGGUUGCAGAAGUUGAGUUAUUACUAAGUUAGACCAACUUAAGACAUGAUUAUGCAUUUAUGCUUGCUCUAUGUGUAGGUUUUCAAUUGGCACUAUGAUUUGUACAGAAAAUAUUUUAUCUGCAUAAAAGGUACAUAGCAAAAGUUCCCUUUAUUUCAAGUAC